AUGGCAGACCUAUCCAUAACGUCGACAUUUCAACUGAACAAUGGCAACGCCAUGCCAAUUCUCGCCUUCGGCACAGCAUCCAAAAACGAUAGUAAACAAGAGGUCCUCACGGCACUACGUCACUCAUACACGCACAUCGACACCGCACACAUCUACGGCACGGAGAAAGACGUCGGCGAGGCCAUCCGAGCCAGCGGCGUCCCGCGCUCGGAACUCUUCAUCGCCUCCAAACUGUGGGAUCCGGACUUCACGCGCGACGGCGCUCUCCAGGGCGUCAAGCAAUCGCUCGACGCCAUGCAGCUCGACUACCUCGACUUGUUCCUCCUGCACAACCCGCGCGGCGGGGCCAGUCGACGCCACGACGCGUGGCUGGGGCUCCAGGACGCCGUGCAGGAGGGCCUCGUCCGAAGUAUCGGCGUGUCGAACUGGUCGAUCAAGCACCUAGAACAGCUGAUCCAGGGUGAGGGGGUCAAGAUCGUCCCGGCGUGCAACCAGAUCGAGUUCCACCCCUGGAACCAGCAGGCCGAGAUUGUGAAGUACUGUAAGGGAAAGGGCAUACAGAUCACGGCCUUUUCGGCGCUGGCCCAGGGGAAGCGCAUGGAUGACAGGCUGAUCAACUCGUUGGCUGCAAAGUACGGCAAGAGUCCGUCGCAGGUGAUCUUGCGGUGGAUGGUGCAGAGGCAGAUCGUGCCCAUCACGAAGAGUAGCAAGGAAGAGAGGGUCAAGCAGACGACCGAGAUCUUUGGGUGGGAAUUGGACCCCAAGGACUGCGAAGAUAUUGACAAGCUGGACGAGGGAAUGAAGGCGAGGAUUGGCGAUUGGGAUCCAGACGAGCAUGAGUAG